GUUUUGUCCUGGGGCUUCUGAGUUUUGCAACUAUACUUACUUGUGCUCUGCACACUUUCUAAGCUUGCAGCUUAAAAAUAAAUGGGAAAAUAUUUGGACUUAACAGUUUUAUCUUAACCAUUGGCUAUCAGAGAAGCAAUGGCAUAUGCAUGCCAGGAAAGGCCAGGCUUCCCUUAUACGGACAGUUCUUUGCAAUGACACUAUGGCUCCAAUAUAAAGUGUUGCUUAAUCUAAGCUAGAAGGCAAAGGAACAAAGAAACAUCAAGUGCCUGUUUGAGACCAAAGAGAACUGAAAAAGCACGUCAUUUAACAAUGGAGAAAUUUAAGGCUGCUUUGUUACUAGCAGGGGUAGGGGAUGCUUUGGGCUAUCGAAAUUUUAUUCAGGAAAACAAUGCUUUAGGUGCAAAGAUCCAAGAGGAAUUGAAAGAAAUUGGAGGACUCGGGAACCUGGUCUUGUCCUCUGACAAAUGGCCAGUAAGUGACAAUACUCUGAUGCACAUGGCAACAGCUGAAGCUCUCAUCACAGAUUAUUGGUGCUUAGAAGACCUGUAUCGCGAUGUUGUUAAACGUUAUGUUGAUGCAGUUGAAAAACUUCCUGAGAGAAGGUCAGAUCCUGCUACUAUUGAAGGAUGCUCCCAAUUGAAGCCAGAUAAUUAUCUUCUUGCUUGGCAUACACCCUUCAAUGAGAAAGGUAGGCUGAAUAUUUUUUUCACUAUUUUAACAAAAGCCAUAUUACAUGCUUGUCAUUUCAGGAAAAAAAGAUGCAGACCAUUGCUGGAUCAAAGGGCACAUUCUUUUGGCAUCCCAAAGUUCUAGGACAAAACAAAUGUA